AUCCCCUUUGUAUCAUUCCAUUUUCCGUCAGAAUUCUUCGUUCUAUGAAAAAAAAAAAUAAUUAAUGAUUUUAAAUAAAUAUUUUAAAGAAAUAUUUUCGCCUCGAAAGUUAUGCGUUCAUUUCUGAAAUAUAGAUUAUAAAUAUCCAUUGGAUAGACAAAUGAUAGUAUGAAAAGGAGAGACAUUAAUGGAAGAGGAAAGGCAUUGAAGGCCUCGUCAGUGGAAAAGAUUUUUCCAGCAUUUUAUAUGAUACGAGAUCUAAUUUGUAUCCGCCUAACCUCUUGUACAUUUCCGAUGUAAUUUUGAGAUACUUGCAUCAGUGAUGAUAAUAUAAACAACUUUAUAACCUAUUCACCGUACAGAGUAAAUUAUAUAUUCUAUCUCACACGUGUGUAUGAUAAUAUUAUAAAUUUUCUUACCUUCUAUCGAGCUAUUACGACGAUAGUAUUUUUUCAAUUUGAAAUUGAAUCCAAAUCUCGAUAAGGAAUGGCUGAAGAAGAGGAGGAAAAAGAAUAUCGUUGGGAGACUGGUUAUGAAAAAACAUGGGAAGCUAUCAAGGAAGACGAUCAUGGGUUGUUGGAACCAUCUGUAGCAGACAUUAUUCUUAAUGCCAAAAGAAAACGUCAGUUAGACAGAAAAGAAGGUGCUAGAUUGGGAAUGAUGAGACAUCUUUAUAUAAUCUUAGAUGCUUCUGAAUCAAUGUCGAAUCAAGAUUUAAAACCAACUCGUCUUUUGUGUUCUUUAAAGCUUCUAGAAGAUUUUAUUGAAGAAUUUUUCUACCAAAAUCCUAUAAGUCAAUUGGGUGUAAUCAUUACUAGGAAUAAAAGAGCUGAGAAGAUUAGCGACUUAGCUGGUAAUUCCAAAAAACAUAUCAAGGAAUUGCAAUCAUUACAGCAAACUGUAGCAACUGGUGAACCAUCUUUGCAAAAUUCCUUGGAGUUGGCCUUAAAGUCAUUGCGAUUAUUACCGUCGCACGCUAGUAAAGAAAUACUGGUAAUUAUAGGAGCUCUUACUACUUGUGAUCCUGGAGACAUUAACGAGACGAUACUAAACAUGAAGUCGGACGGCAUUAGAUGUAGCGUUAUAGGAUUAGCUGCAGAGUUAUAUAUUUGCAAGCGAAUGGCAAAUGCCACUGGUGGUGAACAUGGCGUUGCACUCGAUGAUAAGCAUUACAAAGAGCAGUUAAAUUCGCAUAUAGAUCCUCCACCUGCUGCAACACGAUUAGAUGCAGCACUUGUGAAAAUGGGAUUUCCUCAUCAUGCUUUACACUCCACUGUGACAGAUACACCUAUGACAGUGUGUAUGUGCCAUGCGGAAAGUUCUGAUGAAUCAGUUAAACUGAUGAGCACUGGUUAUCUAUGUCCCCAGUGUCUCAGCAAGCAUUGCGAACUUCCUGUAGAAUGUAGAUCUUGCGGUCUUACUUUGGUGUCCGCUCCACACUUGGCACGUUCAUAUCACUAUCUGUUUCCAGUUGCAACUUUUAAAGAAGUUGGAUUUGAAGGUAAUCAGUCAUCAUGCUUUGGUUGCCAAAAAGUUUUUACUCAAAAGGACAAAAAGGUAUACAUCUGUGAAAAGUGUAAUCAACCAUUCUGCUUAGACUGUGAAAUAUUUAUUCACGAAUCCUUACAUACGUGCCCUGGCUGUGCGACAAAUCCUGAAAUGUACAAAAAAUCGACGGAUAAAUCGUAAAUUGCAGCGUUUGAUGCAAAAUUUGACAUAAAUGUUGCCAAGAAGCAAACAAGAAUAAUAUUGUAUACACUAUAACAUUCUAUGAAAUAAUACACUUAAUAGUGAGGAUCUUAACUAGAUCAACUACAAAUAUUAUUUCAUAAAACAGAAAAAAGAUUGCAGGUAAAAAAAAUAACAUUCGUUCGAUUAUUAGUCGAGUAUAUCCUGUAAUAUAAAUAGCUCGCUCCUAUACGUUUAAUGGAAUCUUUAUAAAUACAUAUUUAUAUACGCAUUUAUAGCAAAUAAAAUAUGAUUCGUCAAAAUAA